UUUGAGCCACAGAGGGAUCCGUCGUGUCAGGCACAGACGAUCUUUGUCGGGCUGGCGUUCGCUCUCCUCCAUCACCGAGCAGCCAAACCGCAGACCCGACUGUGAGCGGAGAUCCGCGGAGUACGGCGCUCAAAGUACUGCUAGAAAACGCUGGGAAAUUACGGCUUUUUCUCUUUCUGUUUGUCCCGUUCUUCUGGUGGGACUUUGGACUUGAAAGGGCGAAACAGCGUCGACGGGAGUGCCGAGUCCGCGGGACAAAAUAAAGACAGAAAGCCAAACAAAGAGUUCUUCCCGUGAUGUUUCCUUCUCCGGUCUGUCUUCAGUUGAAGGUCAAAGCAGCCUCCACGUACAGCGGCUCCAGUUGUCCUUUAAUGGUCGGCGGUUAUGAUGUUGGUCCGAUGUGACCGGCUUCCUCUGCUUCGAGACUACAUUUCCCAUGGAGCCGUGCACCGACAUGCACACUGUUCUACCAUGGAGUCACCAGUCAGGGUUUUGGACCCAAAGAGCCAGUGAGACAGAAGAGGACCUGAUAUUGUGACCCGAUCACCCUCCAAACCUCAACCCCAUCCUGUCGUCCCCCCCCCUUCUCCAUCCCUCCUGCUUGUCCUCCGGCCGACCAUCCUUCUCUCUCCGACCUCCUCCCGACUCCCCGACCCCUGCUGCGGAUUCAAGACUUUUCAGGACUUGAGCGUCUCCCCUCAGUCCAACACGCUGAUCAGCUGACCAGAAGCUCCUAAUCGCAGAGCCACGCGGCCCAGUGUGGUCCCAGUUCAGGUCCCGUCUCGGUCCAGUCCUGCUGCAGGAUGGCAGGUCUACCGUUCUGUCUGGCUGUGAUGGCCGCCGCUCACCUGCUGACCCUCAGAGCUGAUGCUGCAGGUCAGAACCCGGACCACGUCCUGCAGGGGACGGGGGUGAAACCUGAGGCUCGGCGGCUCGGUGAGGACUCGACCAUCGCGCCAGAGGACGCUGCCCGUUUCCUCAGCUGCUACUGCUCCGGACACUGUCCCGAGGACACCACCAACAACACCUGCCAGACCAACGGUCAGUGUUUUGCCAUCAUCGAGGAGGACGAGCACGGUGAGGCCGUCCUCACCUCCGGCUGCAUGAAGUACGAAGGUUCACACUUCCAGUGCAAGGACUCUCCCAACGCUAAGACCAGGAGGACGAUCGAGUGCUGCAACACCGACUUCUGCAACAGAGACCUGCAGCCCAACCUCCCCCCGCAGGCUCCCUCCGGUAACAUUCACGCCCCCGAGAGACUCAGGUGUUUAUCAGGUGAACGUAGGCCCGCGUUAACCACAGCGUUUUGUUGUUUUUCCCGGAUGUUUCCAGAAGGAAGCCCCCACUGGCUGGCCUUCCUCAUCUCCAUGACGGUCUGCUGCUGCACUCUGAUCUGUGUCACCGUGGUCUGUUAUUACAGGUACAAGUGGCAGAGUGAGCGUCAGCGGUAUCACAAGGAUCUGGAGCAGGAAGUCUUCAUCCCUGCUGGAGAGUCGCUCAAAGACCUCAUCCACCAAUCACAGAGCUCCGGCAGCGGAUCUGGGCUCCCCCUGCUGGUGCAGCGGACCAUCGCCAAGCAGAUCCAGAUGGUGCGUCAGAUCGGCAAGGGGCGGUACGGCGAGGUGUGGCUGGGCCGCUGGAGGGGAGAGAAGGUGGCCGUCAAAGUCUUCUUCACCCGAGAGGAAGCCAGCUGGUUCAGAGAGACGGAGAUCUACCAGACCGUCCUGAUGAGACACGAGAACAUCCUCGGCUUCAUCGCAGCCGACAUCAAAGGCACCGGCGCCUUCACGCAGCUCUUCCUCAUCACCGACUACCACGAGAACGGCUCUCUGUACGACUACCUGAGGCUGACCACGCUGGACACGCAGACCCUGCUGCGGCUGGCGUUCUCCGCCGCCUGCGGCCUCUGCCACCUGCACACCGAGAUCUACGGCACGCAGGGCAAACCGGCCAUCGCCCACCGAGACCUGAAGAGCAAGAACAUCCUGAUCAAGAAGAACGGCGCCUGCUGCAUCGCCGACCUCGGCCUCGCCGUCAAGUUCAACAGCGACACUAACGAGGUGGACGUCCCUCUGAGCACUCGGGUGGGGACGAGGCGCUACAUGGCCCCCGAGGUCCUGGACGAGAGCCUCAACAAGAACCACUUCCAGGCUUACAUCAUGGCCGACAUCUACAGCUACGGCCUCGUCAUCUGGGAGAUGGCGAGACGCUGCGUGACCGGAGGUAUCGUGGAGGACUACCAGCUGCCGUACUAUGAGAUGGUGCCCUCUGACCCCUCCUACGAAGACAUGCUGGAGGUGGUGUGUGUUAAAGGACUGCGGCCCACGGUGUCCAACCGCUGGAACAGCGACGAGUGCCUUCGGGCCAUGCUGAAGCUGAUGUCAGAGUGCUGGGCCCAUAACCCCGCCUCCCGCCUCACCAUCCUGCGAGUCAAGAAGACGCUCGCCAAGAUGGUGGAGUCCCAGGACAUCAAGAUCUGACCGCCCUCUUCCUCCUCGUCCUCGUCCUCGUCCCACCUCCGCCGGAUUCACCUGAACCCAGAACACCCUGGACCUGAUCGGACCGGCUUCCCCAGGCUCAGUGCAUCACCCUUCAUCAGGAGGAGGAAGAGGAGGAGGAGAAGUUGGGAGAUUUUUUUUUAAAAAAAGGGACCCGUCACAGGGCUGAACUGUGCGUCUCCUCCUUCCUCCAUCUUCAGUCUGUCUGCAGCCUGGAAACAAACAUGGAGUCCUUCCUCCUCCUCUUCCUCUGCCGAGCGGCUCGUAGGGAGCGAGACAGUUUGACGCUUUCUGUGAAAGCCAAAACGAGACGAUAAACGUAAUUUUGAUGACGACUUCCUGUGGAGGGGAGGGGAGGGGAAGGGGGCUCGUUGCGAAUGAACGGAGAAAAGUUUGAAACCUCUUUUGGUUUUUUUUUUUUUUUAAGGAGCCGCCUCGCCCAGCCUUCCUCCACGUCUGCCUGUUUCAAAACGCUAAAAACGCCAAUUUACUUGUUACUUCCUCUUCAGGACUUGAGUUCUCCUGCCAUAUUGAAAUAUAUCUCCACUCUAAAAGUAGAGUUGAUUAUUAAAAAAAAAAAAUAAUAAGGUACUAUUAUAAUAUGUGCAUUUUAAUGUGUAAAUAAAUGUUAUCAUUAGAUGCCGUGCCUACUCAUAAGAAGAUUUAAAAAAAAACCAGAACACGAUGCUGCAGCGGUGUCGACGUCCAGCCGACUCCGCAGAGACGUCGACAGGAGAUAAUGGAGUCACUGCGGAGACGUCUCCCGUCCUGUCUGUCUGUCUGUCUGUCUGUCCACGUCCUGGUUUGUCUGUUUGUCAGUUGUAAAGAGGUGGAGCUGCUCUGGCGGCGGAAAUAAAUCUCAUUGGUUGAGUCAAACCUCGGUGGGCGGAGCCGAAAGGAACGCCGGUGCCGACGAAAGAGCCGCAGGUCUGGUUCAAAGCAGAUUUUUAACUCCUCGUGGCUCCGGAUGAGCAGGCAGCGCGUCUUUGUAACAGUCGUAACAGAAGACGAUGAAGCUGAGGAACGACGGAUAACAACGCAAAUACGGACCGAUAGAGAAAAUCAAAAAAUACAGAAAACAAAAGUUAAUAAAAGCGGGAUGUUGACGUGUCCCUUCAUGAAAUUCACUUAAAGAAAGACAUCAAACAAAAUCCAGCUUUCCCAUAUUUUCAAAAACGUGUCCUGCUUUUUAGUCCGAAGUUAUUGUUUCCAUCCUAAAGAUAGAAAUCACGUCGGUCCGCUCACCGGUUUUCUGAAGGCGUUUGGAUUUCAAACGUGCAGACCGAAGUCUGCCUUGUGGUCCAGCAGAGGGCGCUCUUAACCUCCACUAUCGGCGGCCCUGUAGACCGAUCGGUAAGCGAAGCUAAUCGAUACAAAUGGAGGAGGACACUCGCGAGCGAAGUGACAGGAAAAACACGUCCGAAUGUUGGACGGCAUGUUUGCAAGCUGUUUUAUUUAAGUCGGAAUAACUCUUAAAGUAACGUAUUUCAGCUAUUAACGUGACAAACUUGCAGUUAACGAGAGAGAAGAACAACAUGGACGCCAGGUCCGACUGAACCACGGAGUCUGAUUAUCAGGCGGAGCUACAAGUACUGAGACGCGGUACAUUUACUCACGUAAAGUAUAUUUACCUCUAAAUUUGACUACGUUAUACUGCUGCUGGGCCAUUAUUAAUAGCUAUAAUUAAUAUGUUAACGAGUUACUGAUCCAAUCGCUGAUUAGUUCACGUUUAAAGAAACGUCUGGCUCAGCUGGUUAAAUGAACCAAAGCUCAGAUAACAUCUGUUCGUUUUUAAUUUCCCAAUAUUUUUAAACGUACAUAUAAAUUACUGCCACCAAGUUUUGGUUAUAAAUGAAUGUGUCCGACGCUAAUGUUUGGCAAUAAAACACGAGAUGCGAGUCAUUUAGAUUAGAGUAGCGCAGAAUAUUAAAUUAGAUUUCAAGAUUUCAAAUCAAAGAGCCACACGGGGUCAAAGUCUGUUAAUACAUUUGAAGUCUGUACGAUUUAAAAUUCACUGAGGAGCAACACAAGUACAUUUAAAAAAAACCCAAAAUACUUCAACCGUCACAAAGGGAGAGUUCAGUUAAAGAGACAAAUACACAAUGCAAAUGUGCAAAAAUGAGUAGUAAUAGUAUAGUUAGUAGUACUUCUUCCAGUCCUACUGGGCGAAUAUAACUUUAUUUUCAGUUAAUGAAGUUUGACAAAAAAAUCUUUAUUUUUAAAAGACGAUCAGUUGACGUCAGGAAAAAAAACAUCGGAUGAAAAGUUUUGCAUUUUUAUUCUAUCAGCGCUAACGCCUGAGUCAUAAUUUGAACUUUAUUAAGUCAAAAUCAAAACUGAGAUGUUAAAGUUUUGACUUGUGUUUUAAUCUAGCUAACGCGCCAUUAAAGAUUAGCUUAACUUUCCCACCCGAAAGCGGGAAAGAGUUAAAAAAGACAAGUUAUUUGAUUCAAGUCUUGGAUGUGAAAACUUUCUUAACGUUGUUAAAUCUUGUUUAAAAAAAAAAGGAAGUGACACUCCUGCCGGGAGCGUAAAUUUAAAAAACAUAAAACCAAGUGAACGUUUUCCAUUUCCUCCGGAAGCUAGUUAGCUUACACUGCUAGUUGUUUGCUUGUUUGAACUCGGCCCGUUGGCUAUGCUAACGAGAAAACUAGCAACAGUGUGCUUAGCUUGUACGUUGAUUAACUGUCAUUCUUUGGCUCCGCCCACUGAGGUUUAACCUGUCCAAUCAGAUCAUUUCUGACGUCUGUGGAGGUCAAACUGAGCGUCCUGUUUGGACGUCUGUUUGAGAUUCAUUUAUUCCAAAAUAACAUUCAGUUUCUUCUUUCUACAGCAUUAAAAUAUCAGUUGCAUUUCGGAAGAAAAAUUCCUAAUCAGGAAUAUUUGGGAAACCCGUCCAGAAUGUGGUUAGCCUAGCUUAGCUCAAAGACUGGAAGCAGGGGGAAACUGUUAGCCUAGCAUCAUAAAAAGAGAGAAAAUCCCCAAAUCUGUCAUGUUUUAUCUGGUUUAUUGAACAUUAAAAAUGAGACAUCGUGGUUUUAGCAGCGGCUAGCAGUUUCCCCCUGCUUCCAGUCUUUGUGCUAAGCUAGGCUAACCACACCCUGGACACAGAGAUGAAAAAAAGAGGGGUUUUGCUAAAAUGUUGGACUGUCGCUUUAACUGCGAGUUGUUUUUCUCUCCUCAGCAGCAGGAUGGCGUGCACGUCCACCCAGAUCACCUGUGUGUGUGUGUGUGUGAAGCUGACGGUUCAUACAGUAGCUAUUUAAGAGCAGUAACUUAGUGCUUUUCUCUGUAAUAAAUAUGCAAGAAAACCCCCAGUAUAGGAAUAAUCUCUAAUAUGUAAAUCUGUAAUGUUUGUUUUUGUUUUGGUGGUGUUGUUGUUUUGUACAGCAUCUGGUUCGGUGCCUUAUGAGUUUACCAAGGAAAUGAAAAACUCUGUAUACAGUCUGUCCAAUGUAACGAUUUUUAAGUAAAUAACCUUAUUUUAGUACACAAA